UGCCGCGCCGCCUCUCCCAUGCGCCUGCCGAGCAUGUCCCAGCCCUUCCUGCUGGCGCCCAUCGCCGAGUGCCCCCCGGGGCCGCCCGGCGCCCAGGUCCGCCUGGCCGUGCUGGGUGCCCGCGGCGUCGGCAAGAGCGCCAUGAUCGUGCGGUUCCUGACCAAGCGCUUCAUCGGCGACUACGAGCCCAACACAGGCAACCUCUACUCGCGGCUGGUCCAUCUGGACGGGGACCGCGUUGCCGUGGAGAUCCAAGACACGCCGGGAUGCAUCCAGGUGCAGGAAGACUGCGUGCAGGUGCUGGACUCCCUGUCCAGGUGUGUGAAGUGGGCAGAGGGCUUCCUGCUGGUCUACUCCAUCACAGACUACAGCAGCUACCGGUCGGUGCAGCCCCUCUACCAGCACAUACGCAAGGUGCACCCCGAUGCCAGGACUCCCGUCAUUAUUGUGGGGAACAAAGCAGACCUCCUCCACGCCAGGCAAGUACAGGCAAAAGAGGGACUACAGCUGGCAGAUGAACUGGGCAGCCUGUUCUUGGAAAUCUCCACCAGUGAGGACUCCCAAGGUGUCUGCGACGUCUUCCAGUACCUUUGCAAGGAGGUCAGCAAACUGCAGCAUGCCGGCAGCACGGACAGGAGGCGGUCAUCCAUCAUCCCUCGGCCCAAAUCUCCCAACAUGCAAGAUCUGAAGAGACGUUUCAAACAGGCUUUAUCUUCCAAAGUCAAGUAAACCUCCCGAUGAGAUCCUUUGGGACUCAAUAGAAUUUAUUUUUGUAAACUAGUUAAUAAAAAUCUUUAUUUUUGUACUAAUGCCAGCAGUGUAGAAGUAAGUAUGUCAAAGCUUGCAAUUUCCUUGAUGUUCUCUCAUUUGACUGGGUGGGUUAUUUUGGGGAAAAAAAAAAAAAAAAGAAAAGAAAAAGAAGUUGCAUAGCAACUAAAUAGAGGUCGUUGGAAAGGGGACAUUUGCCAUAGGCUUUGAUUCCAUUUCUUUUUUGGGAGGACUGGGAUUUUCUGUAUUAAGCUACUAUGAUUUUCCUUGGAGGCUUCCAAUUCCUGUUUGUAAAAUGGUAGUGUUAAUGAUGUAAAUCAUUACCUGCCU